AUGAGCCCCGCAAGACUAAGUCCCCUGCCUUCGCCAGCAGCACUCGCAUCAUAUAAAAUUUCCGAGAAUGGAUUCCUUCCUGCAGAAGUGCCAUUAAGCCGCCUGCCAGACGACUACUAUCAGCCGUGGGAAGCCAUUGUUGAGAUGUUGCCCGAGCUCCUCGAGUCCAGACAAGUUCGGCAACGAGUCGACGAAUUGCCAGUCCUAGACACAUCGCACCUGAGCAGUGAGCCAGAGUGGCAGAGGGCGUACUCGGUACUCGCAAUCCUGACUCAAGCAUACGUUUGGCAAGGCCCGGAACCCGCGCAGCGGCUACCACCGGCUAUAUCAGUCUCUUUUCUUGCAGCAGCCGAGCACCUCGAGGUUCACCCGAUCGCGACCUAUGCAGCACUCAAUCUUUGGAAUUGGACAACGAUCGAAGAUGGUGUUGUCGACUUUUCGAAUCCCGACAACUUGGUAUCGAUACACACUCAGACCGGAUCGAUCGAUGAGUCUUGGUUCUUUAUCAUUUCAAAUGCCAUGGAAGCAAGAGCAGGGCCCUUGAUCAAGAUGAUGCUGGAAGCCAUGGAAGCUGUUGAGCGAGAUGAUGUGGCAAUCAUCAUUGAUAGCCUGGACAGUCUUGGUCAAAGUAUUGUUGAGAUCGGCGCGCUAUUAGAACGCAUGGAUGAGCAAUGUCGCCCGCAAUAUUUCUACCACGAGAUUCGACCUUUCCUGGCUGGCAGUAUGAACAUGGAGACCGCAGGCUUACCCGACGGCAUCUUCUAUGACGAAGGMAGCGGAAAAGGGUCGUGGCGCAAAUUACGUGGCGGGAGCAACGGCCAGAGWUCUUUGAUCCAAUUCUUCGAUGCAGUUCUUGGUGUGGAACACACCAAAUGCAGCAACUUCCACCAGGAGAUGCGAAGAUACAUGCCAGGGCCGCAUGCCAGAUUCCUCGACGACAUCGAGGCUAUUGCAAACAUCCGAGGCUAUGUCGAUGAACACCAGGAGAACUCUGAUCUACUUGCGGCGUACAACAGCGUUGUGGCAGUACUCAGCGGCUUCCGUGACAAGCAUAUCCAACUAGUCACGAGAUACAUCAUCCUACCAAGCAGAAUGCCUCGGUUGCCCAUGGAAAAAGACCGCGUGAGCAUCGCGUCCGCUUCCACAAAGCUGUCAUCAGCAGUGCCUGCCACGGAAGAUCUCGUCGGCACAGGUGGGACCAAGUUGAUUCCAUUUUUGAGAACGUCAAGGGAUGAGACCAGGGAUGCCACAGUAGGGUGA